AUGUUUCAGGUGAAACCAGACAUAUUCAACAAAGGUGCACUCUUAAAUAUCGGUUUCCGAGAGGCCGUUAAGGCAGCCAAUUAUAGUUGCUUCAUUUUCCAUGAGGUCGACCUUCUUCCUGAGGAUGACAGAAUGAUAUACGGUUGCGAGAAUCAACCACUUCAUAUGACUGCAACGAUCGAUAAGUUUAAUUACUCUUAA